AUGGCCGUACUCGGAGUUUACCUGGCCAAGCUGAUGAUUUUCGUCGGCUGCGUGCAGUGCGUCCUGUUCUCCGACGGACAGUCCGCCGGCGGCCAAGACGUUGGCGGAGACGGCCGCGUUGGAGGCAGUGUCGGCGACGGCGGUGGAGGUAGCGAAGACGUGCUCGACGACGACCACCUGCAAAACCUGCACACCUCGACCGUCAGCACGGCGGUCAAGAGCUGCUUGGCCGGAGCCGACCCGUUCCUGCCGUGUAUCAACGAGCAGGCCAUGGCCGCCAUCGAACAGACGGAAUCCAUGGAAUCGGUGGUUUUGGACCCGGGACUGGAGAUUUCCAGACGUCCCGGCACAGAGUCGUUUGCCGCUCCCCGAGGAGUCUAUUCGUUAGGCGAUAACCCGUACAACGUCGGCGCUGUCAUUGAAGCUGCGUCCUCGUUGCUUUCCAGGCGAACGUUUUGUUGGGACAUGAGUCUCUUGUAUCCAGGGCUGCAGAUGCGAAUCGGCCCCACGUACACCGGCAGAGGAAUAAUCGAUUUCAUUGUGGACCCAAGACGUAAAUUUGACGACCGGAGCUUGGGUUAUGGACACAUGAUAUUCAAAAGGUCAUUGUUACCAAACGUGUUGGCCACGCAAAUAAGUAUCGCUUCCGUUAUUCCAAUCAUAUUCGCGGCUAUAUAUUUUCUGACAAAAAAAGCGUUCAUAUUGUCAAAGAUUGCGUUGGUCGUCACCAGUGUGGUGGGCUACGGAUCGUUGUUUCUACACCACAGCAGCAAGCCUUUCGCCGGACACUCGUUCGGUGGCCAUCAACCUUUCGAAGGCCAAAAUCCGUUCGGCGGCUCAUAUCAUCAUCAUAGUCCGGUUGGCGGUCAUCAUCAUCAUCAAUAUCAUCACCCGAUCGGUGGCCAUCACAACGAGUUCGUCGGCGACAUCAGGGGUGAAAAGUUUUACGGGAACUUAAACGCCUUUCAACAGAUUUCUUCGUCCAAACCAUCGUCGCUGUUCCGGGGAGUUAAUUACUUCCCACAAGAUGACGACCAUAAUACCAAGUACUCGGAAUCGGCAGACAGGAACAAAAAAGAAACGCAAUAA